ACCCCUCGUGAGAAAAAUAACGGGUAGUGUUUAGGAAACGAGGCAAAGGUCGAAUGAGCGUUGCGAUUCAUUGCCAACGUGCUUUGUGACUCAAUGAAUGACGAGUGACGUGAGAGAGACUCAAAAGUGUAAAAUAGAAAAUCUGUAAAAUACGAGAAAUGUAUCUUAGCACGAGCCUGUUUAACCAAUCACGUGGGAGAUGACGAUAUGCAAACAUGCGCACAAAGUCUCUCGGAGGAAUUUAACACACUACCGCCAUCCAGUUCUCUGUCGUUUAUAGGUCGGUGAGGGUCCGCUUUUCUGAUGCAAUCCGUUUCGGUCUGUGUACAUCGUGGAAAAUUUUGAGAAUUGUUGGAUCCCCGUCGUGCAUUUCCCGUCUCAAUCGCCCAAAUCGCUGCGAUAAAGUGACAUUUUUUCUCCUAAGGAAAGAGAAUAUACAAAAAGCAACAACAUGACAGAGGAAGAUUCAGUAUUUGAUCACAACAUGAAAAAAAAGAAGAAGAAAAAGAAGAUCACCUUUGAUCUGGAUGCAGACUUCAAUGAAGGAGGCAGUAAUGAUGAUGCAACGGAGGAUACUAUAGUGGAAGAUAUUGUGACAGAAGAUAAAGAGAAUCAAGAACCAGAGCCAACUACUAUCGAGGAUGAUGGAGCAAUGGAUUUGGAAAACUUUGGUAAAAAGAAAAAGAAGAAGAAGAAAGUGUUUAAUUUCGAUGAAUUGGAAACAACUUUGCCUGACACAAAAAAGGAGGAACCUGUAGAGCAACAGACAGAGGAAAUUACGAUGGAUGAUGAUUUAGAUUUAGACAUGGACUUCUCCAAGACUAAGAAAAAGAAAAAAAAGAAAAAGGAUCUUGAUGAGUUAGUGGCAGAAGAAGAGCGUAAAGAGACUGAAGAGAAAGAUAAUUGCUGCACUGAAUCUGAGCGAAGUGCAGAGUAUGUGGAGGAGGCAAGUUCGUGGGCAGCCUCAGACAGGGACUAUACAUACGAGGAAUUGCUGAUUAGAGUGUUCACUAUUUUACGAGAAAAAAACCCUGACAUGGUAGCUGGUAAGAAACAAAAAUUUGUCAUGCGUCCACCACAGGUAGUGCGCAUUGGAACGAAGAAAACUUCCUUUGCCAAUUUUACUGAGAUUUGUAAAACGUUGCACAGACAACCAAAACAUCUAUUAGACUUUUUGCUCGCCGAAUUGGGAACGAGUGGUUCGGUAGAUGGAAACAAUCAGUUGAUCAUCAAGGGUCGUUUUCAACAGAAACAAAUAGAAAAUGUCCUUAGGCGAUAUAUCAAGGAAUACGUCACGUGUCAUACGUGUCGCUCGCCGGAUACCAUCCUUCAAAAAGAUACUCGGCUUUUCUUUUUACAGUGCGAAACCUGCGGGUCGAGAUGCUCGGUCACCAGUAUAAAAUCUGGCUUCCAGGCUGUCACAGGAAAACGUGCUGCUAUGCGUGCGAAAACUGCCUAAACGAUCUUCCGCAAGUCUUCUCAUUGAUUUUCGCAAGACGCCUGUUGUGCUUUAUUUAAAGUUGCUCCGAGUGCAGUCCUAUAGAAAAAGAGAAAGCUUGAAUCCUCACCAAACGAGAAUAUUCUCUGAAUUAUCUAAAAGUGCAAGAAGUUGCUGAGAUACGAGUUAAACGCUAUGAGACGUAAAUCAAGUAUUUAAGCGACUACAUCUCGAAUCGGUUGAAGCAUAGGAAUUUAGGUGGUAUUAGAAAGUAUUAGAUAGUAUUAAAUUAACAAAUUUAUAAAUUUUAUUACAAAACAUAGUAUGAAAGUGGAUUUUUUAACGAUUUGAUUUUCGACUUAUUAACGAUCUUUAAACACCGAUAUCUUCACAUUGCUUCUAAUCAAUUGAAUGAAUUUUAAAGAAAAUUUGUCGUUUGAUGCCUUAAUUUAUAGAGUGUCUUUAAAUUUAUAAUAAUUUGAAUCUUAACGUCCCGAAGAGAAACAUAAGAUUUAUUCGGUCUCAAGUAAUCUCCCAAUGAAAUGAAGAACGAUAAAGAUUUACUCAAAACAUACAAUCUCUCCGCAUCAAGCUCGUCUGCUAAUAAACAACGGUUUAGAUAUAAAGUGUUGAAGAGUACCUGAUCGUUAUUAUCAAUAGGGCUAAGCAGUGAUUUGUUAUACUUUUUUGCGUAUACAGUAACUUCAAGUCAGACCACCAUGCGUAUGCGAGAUGAAUAGCAAGUCGGCAAAAUUCUUCAAAAUGAGCGCGGAACGUCCCCUUUUACAAUCCGUUCGACUACUCCGCGAUCGAUUCUGUAAGUUAUGUGCAUCCUCGUGUUCUUUCGGAAUCGGAAGAUUCGGUUGAACGGUCGAACGAGUUUCGCUUUGAUACGAGUAACAUUUUUGCAGUGCAAUAUUGACAUAUUUUACUAUCUCAUAAUAUAACUGAUAUUGUAUAACAUAACGUAGCGACGUGUACAUAUAUCUGAACAAAAUAACACUGCUAGAGCAUUUGCAACAUUUUUGUAACAUCGUAAUCGACUAGUCGUAAAAGAUUUUAAUAAGCACGAAAAAGUCGCCGUAGAAAGUUGUGUAAUCUGAAGAAAGGAAGAAAGAGAAACGAAAGGUUCGGAAGCGCAGGUGCAAUCUCGAAAUUUAUAGAUAGUCACUCUCUCUCUCUCUCUCUCUCUCCACUUGUUCAUAAGGUCAUCGUUUAACCAAUUGAUUUACCAAGUCGGGACUCGAGUUUCACGACGCUGCAAAUGCUCACGCCGCUCUUGUAAACGGACUGUUUUGUAUAACGUGAUACUUGCGAUCCUCGUCAUUAUUCUGUAGCGAUUAACGUCUCUGUGGUCUCCGAUAGAAUCUCCUGAUAGAGUGUACCGCGUUCAAGUUCCUAAGAGGAGAGCGACUGGUGCGAACAUGUUCGAAGUCGAGGUCGUCUUCAUCGCGAUGUGUCGCGACAUGUCAACUCGUACCUCAUCACAAGCACCACUGCUCUUAGGCAUUGACCCUGACGCGAUUGUUAUUUCGUCGAAUCGCUCCUGCGCUUGUCUUUGCAUAUACUCGUCCAUAAUCAUGUUAUCCAGGCGCGACAUGAACGAAAUUUUGUACGAUGCCUGCGUCAUUUCUGCCAACACGUAAUCUGAAAAUAGCGAGGGAGUGGCCCUAGCUAAGAACGUUAGGACGUAAAUCGAAGAAUCUGCGAGCGCGUGAAGAUGCGAGGUUUUCACGCGAUGUGGAAGUGUGUGUGUGUGCGUGUGAAAAUGUAUGUGAGUAGGGUGAGAGAAGAUUUUAGAGAAUUUAAUGGUUGAAUGUAUCAGACGUAAUUGUUGUUGCACACUGUAAAAGCCAUGCGCUCACGUUCAGGUUGCGUGCGUCUUCAACGAGCAGUCGUUUUUUUUUUUAGAGCCAAUGGGUGCGUUCAGCGGAGAAAACCGCUCACUGAGCGAUUAGUGACUAUUAUUUUCCUUAUUGUUAUCCUUACAUUCAGAGCUACUGAGCGAUGCGCUCACUCGCAACAUAUUGAGUGAGCGGUCGCCAUUUUUCUCAUCAUAAAUAUUUGUCGUUACCUUUACUGAUCAGUCUCCGAUCCAACAUGACGUAGCCCAUGAAGAAAAUAACAAAGAAAAUAAUCAUAUAAAUCCAAAUAUAUAUAGCGGAGAAUGUCAAAGAUGGUGUAGAAUACAUUGUAACUGACACGUAUGAAUUAUAUUUAUAAAAAUAUUUAAUAAUUACAAAACACAUAAGCGUGUAGACGGGCGUAAUAUUUAGUACGUUUAUCUGACAUUUUUUCCGCCCAACAAAAUCGAACAGAACUCUGAUCAGUUGCGCUCAGAUUUCUACUGCUCACUCAUCGGGUGCUCAACUGUUGUGCAACUGUUGAGCUUCGUGAACGCACCCAUUGAUUCCAAAAAGUUGCAUCGUACGUACGCAUCUUGUUUCGACUGACAGACGCUCGUACAAGCCGUGAUCCAAUUAGCACUACCUGCGCGUUAUCAUCUCUCCCCUUCUUGAUGAGAAUUGCGACAGACUUGAGAUCGUCGGGGUGUCGCCUCUCCAUUGUUGACUUAGGACGUUAACGAAUGCGAACUGAUGUUGUUUCGUGAAACAUUAUUCAGUGGAAAAACGGUACCGUUCCCUGUGUCAAGUAUUCUGUUCUCCCACAUUAAAGUAAUCAGUUGCUGGUCGACGUUAA